AUGCAUGCUGUUGAGGGUCAACAGAGGCAAUUCGUCCAACUGUAUAUUGUUGACAACGUUCAAGCAACCACAGUGUGGGCUCAGAAUGCAACAAAUGAAAGAUAUAUACUUGAGGUGAUGCACAGAUUUGAUGAGAUUAUCAGAGAGAACGAUGUCUAUGCUGCAUCUUACAGGAUAUCACGAGAAGUAGAACUGCAUGAGGAACAGCAUCCUCAACAGGAACAGAGGCCUAUGUCUGUCCUAAAUUUAGUCUUCAAUAGGGAACACACUGCUGAUAGGCGGAAACACAAUUUACCAACAGUUAAUGAAAUAGCUAUGGUCUUCAGCAAUACUGACGGCAAGCCACCAUUCAACAGAGAUUUCAAAGUUUACCCAAGAAACUAUGAAGUCCAUGUGAUCAGUUUGAACAUUCUUAGCCCCAACCUCGACCCAAUGGUGUAUGUAUUGUUCUUUCCAUAUGGAGAGCCAGACUGGCAACCACAUGUGAUUGGUAAUAAAAAUAGAGCAAACUCAAGGCAAAAUGUUACAAUGCUCCAACAUAAAGUAUCUCUUACACCAGUUAGAGACGGUGGAUUUAACCCAGUUAUUCAUGGAGGUAAGCUUUUCCAGCAAAAGGCAGUAGACUCUUACCUGCAAGUCGAAGGUAACAAUUUAGAUUUUGUGAGGACUCAUCAACACAGGUUAAAAGUAGAACAAUACCAUGGUAUUGCCGAUCAUUUACAGAAUGCUGUUAAUGCUGCAAAUGCUCAAAUAGGACACACAGUUAUCUUGCCUUCAUCAUUUCAAGGGUUUCCUGGGAAUAUGUAUGAGCACUAUUAA